AUCUCUGCCCUGGUGCUGCGCAGCAUGCGCGACACGGCGGAGGCCAUGCUCGGGGAGCCGGUGACGAGGGCCGUCAUCACCGUCCCCGCGUACUUCAACGAGCGGCAGCGGCAGGCCACCAAGCUAGCAGGUAAGAUAGCCGGCCUAGAGGUGGCGAGCAUGAUCAACGAGGCCACGGCGGCGGCUCUGGCGUACGGCCUGGACAAGAAGUCCAGCAUGGAGAUGAAGACCAAGACCAUCUUCAUCUUCGACCUGGGCGGCGGGACGUUCGACGUCAGCGUGGUGACGGUGAACGGCAGCGACUUCACCGUCGUGGCGUCGGGCGGAGACCCGCACCUGGGCGGGCAAGACUUUGAUGUCCGGCUCAUGGAGCACUUCACCAAGGAGCUGCGCCUCAAACACAAUGCAAGGCUCAACGAACUUUCCAUCCAAGAGCUUCGGAGGGCCUGUGAGUUGGCAAAGCGAAAGCUUUCUUCCAUGCCUGAAGUUCCUCUGUCAGUCUACUUUGCCGAGCUGGAUUUGGGGUUCCGGAGCACAAUUUCCAGGGCCCUCUUUGAGGAGCUGUGCGCAGACCUCUUCAAGCUGGCCAUGAAGAUAGCCGAGGACAUUCUCGUCGAGUCUAAGGUGGACCGCUGCGACAUCGACGAGGUGGUGCUGGUGGGCGGCUCCACCCGCAUCCCCAAGGUGCGCGCCAUGCUCUCGGACAUGUUCGGCGGCCGCGAGCUGCGCCAGUCCAUCAACCCGGACGAGGCCGUGGCGUACGGCGCGGCCAUGCACGCGGCCAACCUGGAUCGCGACCCCUUCCUCAACAACCUCGUCCAGCUCAAGGACGUGACGCCGCUCUCGCUCGGCACCGACAUGGUCGGCGGGCGCUUCUCCCCGAUCAUCCCCAGGAACACGCCCAUACCCUGCAGGAGGACGGAGACCUUCUACACCGCGCGCCCCAACCAGCGCUGUGUCACUGUCAAGGUGUACCAGGGCGAGCGCCCGCUGGUGCGAGACAACUACUACCUCAACAAGCAGUUCAAAAUAGACGUGCCGCCCAGCGACCUGCAGGUGCGGGUGCUGGUGACGUUCGAGCUGGACGCCGAGGGCCUGCUCACCGUCUCCUGCGAGGAGACGAGCUCCGGCCACUCCCGGACGCUGACGCUCAGCCCGGACGAGGCGCGGGUGGCCGAGAGGGACGUCGAGGCCAUGCUGCUCAACGCGGAGCGCUUCCGGGCCACCGACGCCGAGGAGAGGGCCAGGAUCGAGCAGAACCUGUCGGUGAUGUUCGCCGCCCGGCGCGACCGCCAGGAACGUAGUCGGCGCCGCUUCCUGCAGAACAAGAACGGCAAGCCUGCCUGGCUGCAAGGCUGCGACAAGACGAACUCUCGCUGGUGAUGGUGAGUGCUUUGAUCGCCACUCAUUAUCCACUGCUCUGUCCAUUUUUUUCCUCCGCAGUUAUUUCUCUCUUUUAUUUACGUAUGUAAUUGUAGUCAUUUGUGUAUUGCUUUUUCUUUUCUGGACGUCUUGGUUUAUUUAUAUUGUGAUCUCAUUAAUCAUUUAGUGGGAGAUGUAGAUGUUGACUUCAAUGUAUACCCCGUACAGUGCAUAUAUUUUAUUUUGUGGAAAUAUUCUCGAAUAUAAUUCUCCCUCAAACGAAAGGAACCAACAA